GAUCAGAACAAUGAAAAAGUGAUCAACAUGAUUAUGCCACGUGUUGAUCACCUCGAUCCGCAAAACCCUCGCUAAAAUCCAUAAUCUUCCUGUCCUAUCUUUCUCUUUCUGUCACUAAUAUCUUUUUAAAGGUCUCUCUACUCUCUACUCUCUACUCUCUGCUCUAUUCUCUCUAUUUAAUAUUCAUCUGCUUCACUUUGUCUUUCUUCCCUCUUUGUCUUUUUGAUAGAUAAUUCAUAUACCCUGCUCUCUCUUUCUCUCAUUUACCUUGGAUCUGAAGGGUUUCCUUUCAUCAAAGAGUGUGAUUUUCUCAGUGUUGAAGCGUAAGAAAACAUGAUCAGAGCCCAUCAAUCUCUAUUAAGAACAACUACCACUUCGGAGUCGACUUCUUCUAGCUUCAAAUGUUCGACCCACUUUUGGUAAUCCACGCUCGUUCUCAAAUCUCCUUGCGUAAAAUGAAAAAAAACCCAAAUACCCCCAUAACCUUAUCAUAAGUAGCUUCUCGAUCGAUCACUACACCCACCAUAAAUAGUAAGUCCACCUUAAUCUUAUCUUUUAAUCUUCUUCUUUUUUUAUACCAAUCUGUAUGCUGUUUCCCUCCUCACUCCAAAAACCAAACUUUACUGCUUUAUUUUCAAUUUUUCUUCUUGUUUAUGUUCUCUGAAGUAGUGUAAUCAAACUUUUGUCAGACCCAGUUGAAAAUUAUUCGUCUUGACCAAAAAGAAAGAAACUUUGUGUUUGGGUGUGUGUGUGAGAGAGAGAGAGAGAGAGAUUUUGGAGUAAAUAUAUUUCAUUAAAAAAAAAAAAAAAAAGGAAAAAAAAGCAAAGUGGCGAAGAUGAGCUUGAGUGCAACCGAGGAUGAUUCAGCUGCAGAAAUUCAUAUUCCAGCUGAUAUUGAUUGGCAUAUGCUUGACAAAUCAAAGUUUUUCUUUCUGGGUGCCGCUUUGUUUUCUGGUGUAUCGGCUGCUCUUUAUCCAAUAGUCGUUUUGAAAACCCGGCAACAGGUUUCUCCCACUCCCAUUUCUUGCUUUAAGAUGUCCUUUGCCAUCAUGCGCCACGAGGGCUUAAGAGGCUUCUACAGAGGAUUUGGUACCUCCUUGAUGGGUACCAUCCCAGCUCGAGCGCUUUACAUGACUGCACUUGAGGUCACCAAGAGUAAUGUUGGGACUGCCACUGUUCGAUUAGGCUUCUCCGAUACCACGGCCACGGCUAUUGCUAAUGCUGCAGCUGGAUUGAGCUCUGCCAUGGCUGCUCAAUUGGUUUGGACCCCAAUUGAUGUUGUGAGCCAAAGACUAAUGGUGCAGGGUUGUGACUCUAGCAGCAAGAACAUAAUCCCCAAUGUCUCAAACAAAUAUAACAAUGGUAUUGAUGCGUGUCGGAAGAUUGUGCGUGCAGAUGGGCUAAAAGGAUUGUAUAGGGGAUUUGGGAUUUCCAUACUGACUUAUGCACCUUCCAAUGCGGUUUGGUGGGCUUCUUACUCUGUGGCACAUAGGCUAAUUUGGGGUGGUUUUGGUUGCUACAUGGGUAAAAAGGAGGAUGCUUUGGUCAAUGGGAAUGGGUGUAAUUUUAGGCCGGAUUCAAGAGCAACGGUGGCAGUGCAAGGGUUGUGUGCUGUUAUGGCUAGUGGGGUUUCGGCUAUAAUUACUAUGCCGCUUGAUACAGUUAAGACAAGAUUGCAGGUUUUGGAUGGAGAGGAAAAUGGGCGGAGAAGGCCACUUACAGUUGUGCAAACAGUUAGGAACUUGGUCAAGGAAGGUGGGUUUAGAGCUUGCUAUAGGGGUUUGGCUCCAAGGUGGGCUUCAAUGUCUUUGUCUGCAACAACUAUGAUCACUACCUAUGAGUUUUUGAAACGGAUGUCUACCAAGAGGCAAGAAGAGAACAGAGAUUUACUUCGUGACUAGAUACAGCUGUUAGAUUGAAUUUUACAAAUGGAUUUUUUUUUCCGUUGGCUAUAGUUAAGCUAAGAUUGGCUGCUUCCCAAUAUGCUGAUUAUAUGUAAAUUCCUCUCUCUCCUCUUUUUUGCCACUCUGUUUUAGGGCUUUCUUCAUUAGGGUGGAGAUUGGAAAUUAUUCCUGUUCACUGUAAGCUUUUCUAAUUCCCCAAAUUCCUCCUAUGAAUAGUGUAAAUGGAAUCGUUUCCUCUUUAUCUCUCCAAUCCAAGAACCAACUUUGUUAAAAAA